AUGCAAAUAACUGAAUCUUCCGCAUCGGUUUCUAUACCCAAACCUCCAGCGGAUGUGAAGGAGGUUCUCGAUAAUGAGAUCAAGGAAUGGCAUUUUCAUAUCUACUUCUUGCAAAACAACAAAGAACAGCAUGAGGCUGCAUUGAACUUGCGCGACUCCGUGCUUCGUUUGAGACGUGAUGGCGCUUUUGUUGCUGUUCCUCUGGAUAGAGUUAACAUGGGCCCUAUUGGACCUCACCCAGCCGGGUCCUAUGAGAUUUGGUGCCCGUCCGAAUCUUUUGCGUCUGUAUUCUCCUAUCUCUGCAUGAAUCGCGGUGAUCUCAGUAUCCUUGUCCAUCCAUUGACUCGAGAAGAGGUAUAUCACCAAUUCCGCAACGCAUGGAUAGGACCAUCUUUCCCGUUAGACUUGUCCAAGCUACCGGUACUGUCCGAAGAUAUACCUCUUCAGUAUCCGAGUCUCGGCGUCGGAUAUUCCUCCACGGCUACGCAACCAUCUCUUGAGGAGCGGAAGGCAGCAGGUCGAAAGGUCGAAAAGACUCUAAGGAAGUACGAACCUGAUGCGGCUCCUGCUCCUCGUGAUUGA